AUGGAUGCAUUAUUGGUAGGGAAAAAAAAGGUCUCUUAUCUAGCUUGGGAUGGUAAAUCUGUUCAUGGAUUUGGUUCGAAUGAACACAUUGCGGUAGAGGUUUUGAUUAUCAACCUCAAGAGAAAGGUGUUGGAGCUAGAGAAGAAUCGGACUGCAUGUAUUGUUCAUGAUGAAUUUGGUAAUUUGAAUACCUUGCAAGUGCUUGAAAACAUUGAUGAUAUAGAAAGGUUGGGUCUUGGCUAUCGGUCCCAAAACGAUAUUAGGAGAGCACUUGACAGAUUCAUAUCGAUAAAUGGAAAUAAUGUUGGACUCGCAGAAGAUAGUCUUCAUGCGGCAUCCCUUAGAUUUCGUAUUCUAAGACAACAUGGUUAUGAUGUUUCACAAGAUUUUGUUAGCCGAUUCAAGGACAGUCAUGGUGACUUCAUGGGAUGUCUACAAACUGAUAUCAAAGGAUUGCUAAGUCUAUAUGAAGCAUCAUAUUUUGCAUUUGAAAGCGAAAGUGAACUGCACCAAGCCAAGUUAUUUGCAACUAUACAUUUGAUAAAACUCAAAGAUCAGAAAAAUAAAACCAAUGAAGACAUUAAUCACGCAUUAGAAUUGCCCUUGUACCGUAGGAUGCUUAGAUCACAAGCACGGUGGUAUAUUGAAGCGUAUGGUAAACAAAAAGAUGCAAAUCUACAACUCCAAGAGCUUGCUACAUUAGAUUUUAACGUGGUUCAGUUGGAACAUAUCAGAGAACUUCAAGAAGUAUCUGGGUGGUGGGAAAAUAUAGCCCUGGCAAGCAACUUGAGCUUUGUUAGGGACAGACUCAUGGAAUGCUUCUUGUGGACAGUUGGAAUGGUGUUUGAACCUCAGUAUCAUGCUUGUCGUGUGGGGUUAACAAAAAUCUACACGUUAAUUACCGUCAUUGAUGACAUCUAUGAUGUUUAUGGCUCUCUAGAUGAACUUGAAAUAUUCACAGAAGCUGUUAAGAGGUGGGAUAUUAAUGCAAUUAAACAUAUGCCUGAGUAUUUACAAAUUGGCUUCCGAGCUCUUUAUAACACCAUUAUGGAAAUGGGUUCAAGUACUUCAACUGCACAAGUAGAUAGCACACCAGUUCUAGUAAAAGUGUGGGGAGAAUUGUUGGAAGCAUUCCUUGUAGAAGCCAAGUGGGCUUAUAACAAAUACAUUCCAGGAGUUGAAGAAUAUCUUGAUAAUGGAUGGCGUUCGGUCUCAGGAGUUGUUUUACUUACUCAUGGCUACUUUUUAAUCAAUCAUGAAAACAAAACCUAUGCUGUUGAGUCCCUAGAGAAGUAUUAUGAUCUAAUGAAAUGGUCAUCCGUUGUUUUUCGACUUUGCAACGAUUUGGCUACUUCAUCGGAGGAGAUGGAAAGAGGGGAAACUGCAAAUGCCAUAUCAUGUUACAGGCGCGAAAGUGGUGUUUGUGAGGAUGUUGCACGUAAAUACAUUAAUAAUUUAAUAGACGAAGCUUGGAGGAACCUGACGAAAGCCCAAGUGGUUUUAGGUAAAGACUCGGCAGAUCAUCCAUUAGUUAAUAUGGCCAUUAAUCUUGCAAGAGUUUCACAUUGUACGUACCAAUAUGGGGAUGGACAUGGAGCUCCAGAUGCUAAAGCAAAAGAUCGUGUUUUAUCAGUGAUCAUUGAACCUAUUGGAACAAGAUAAACAGAGCACCAUAUAAUAAAAAGAUAAAUAGUAUGAAUAAAUUUUCAAUAUAUACUUCGUAAUAAUGUAUGCCUGUAUGAAUAUUGUAAUUUUGGUAUGUUCACUUGUCUUGGAUAUUUAUAUAUGGUAGAAUUGUCUGUGUGCUUUA